ACGAUGGGUUCGUUGCGCUGCGAACUUUGCUUGGGUCUUCUAGUGCUCCUCGGUCUGGGGUUCUCGCAGGGUUUUCUCUUCUUUCCGCGCCAGGGAUCUUUUGGGUUGCUGGCUGCUGUGGCUAUACCCUUGGAUCUGUCGCCCAAGAACGUUUACAUGGCCUUCAAUUUCGAGUCCAACUAUGCUUUGCCCUCGAAUGACUCCUACAAUCAGUGGAUCGAUAGGUGGGAUCUAGACGAUCCCUUCAUGGGUUUGCCCGGCAAUGUAACUCCCAUCAAUGCACGUGAUGGAGGCGCCUCCGAUGAAGACAACGAAGUGAGACGUCGCUCGAUGAGGUCUCCGCCACCGUUCAGGCGCCACGACUUCUAUCGCAGCGUUAUCAACUACCUGACCCACUAUGGGUACAAUGGCUCCUCCUGCCUGCUGCGAACCAUUUGCGAGGUCAACGAAUCGCCUCUGGAUGCCCACAAUGGGCUGCUGGGCAGCAUAUUCCAAAUUCUAUUCAUGCCAACGACGAGUGCCGCAGAGCGUCAACUGCAGCACGUGGACGAGCUCUAUGAGGCCUCCGAUGCGGGCACGCGCGGCUUUGGCUGCUCCAAAUACGUGUCCCAGUGUGGACACAGUUUGCUGGACCUGAUAAGCAUUGUGUUGUGAAUAAUUACCCCUCACACACACACACACACACACAC